UUGUGUCACACAUUUUUCGAACUCAUUUGAUAUUUCUGUCGUUUCUUUACGUUUAUUUACCUCAGCAUAAGGCACUUUUUAUUCUUGUUUCAUUUCCCGAACGCAAAAUUCAAAAUUUGCGUUUGUCUAACGUGGUGAUACCAAACUUGACCAAAUGCCAAAGCCUCGCCGUGUCCAAUUGCUUCUGCUAUGCAGUGGCCUCCGCUCCAAGCUGGCUCGACGUCUCCUCAUCGAUAGCCCAGGUGGCCCGGGGUCCGGCGUGAAGGCGUGUCAAAUCCGUCGUCAUAAGUACAGUUGCCUGACCCUGGAGAAUACAUUCAAGUGCUACGAGUUGGAAAAUGGUCCCCCAAUGGACGUCGAGCUGUCCCGCGAGGACGCCAUCACCAUGUACACCCAAAUGGUGGAGAUGCGACGCUUCGAGGGCAUUGCCGAUGCCGAGUACAAGAAACGGACUAUUCGGGGCUUCUGCCAUCUGUACAAUGGCCAGGAGGCGGUGGCCACCGGGAUGAUGCAGCGUCUCCGGAAAUGUGAUUCCGUAAUAACGGCAUAUCGGUGCCAUGCAUGGACCUACCUGAUGGGAGUACCCCUUUUAGAUAUGAUGGCCGAACUGGUGGGCCUGAAGGCGGGCUGCAGUCGUGGCAAGGGUGGCUCCAUGCACAUGUACUGUGACAAGUUCUACGGUGGUAAUGGCAUUGUCGGGGCCCAGGUCCCACUGGGUGCCGGUGUCGCCCUCGCCCAUCAGUACCGACGGGAUGGGGGCGUCUGUGUGGCCCUCUAUGGUGACGGUGCCGCCAAUCAGGGCCAGAUCUUCGAGGCCUACAACAUGGCCAAGCUAUGGUGCCUGCCCUGCAUAUUUGUUUGCGAGAAUAAUCACUACGGAAUGGGAACUCGAGUAGAUCGAGCCUCCGCCAUGACCGAGUUCUACAAGCGCGGCCAGUACAUGCCCGGACUGUGGGUGGACGGCAACCAGGUGCUAGCCGUGCGCAGCGCCACCCAGUUUGCGGUGGACUAUGCCCUGGAGCAUGGCCCGAUCGUAAUGGAGAUGUCCACCUACCGGUAUGUGGGCCACUCGAUGUCCGAUCCCGGCAUCAGUUAUCGAUCCCGCGAUGAAGUCGUCAAAGUGAGGGAGACCCGUGAUCCGAUCACCAGCUUCCGUAAUCAAAUGCUCCAGCUGUGCCUGAUCACCGAGGAGGAGCUAAAGAAGCUGGACGUCGAGAUCCGGAAGCAUGUGGAUGCCGAAUGCAAGAAGGCACUCAUCGGGAAGGAGGUGCCCCUGGAGGAGCUAUACGCCGAUGUCUAUUCCAAGAACUUGGAGCCGAAAAUCCGUGCAGUCUCCGGCUAUAAGUUCGAACACUUCGGUGUCGCUGAUGUCUGUUUCGGGAAGCCGCGAAAGACCCAUCCCAACGACAUGUGUGAUGUGCCCGUGGGAGAUGCGGCACUGCUCGCCAAGGCCAACGCCGCCAAGGCCAAGGCCGAGGCCAAGAAGAAGAAGCAGAAGGAGGCGGAGGGUGGGAAAAAGGACGGGAAAAAGGGAGACAAGUCGGCCAAAAAGGGCGAUCCCAAGGAUAAGGCUGGUGGGGCAACCAAGGCGGAGGGCAAGAGCGAUCCAAAGGGGAAGGCCGGUGGCGGCGCCAAGGCGGAGAAGAAGAAGCCGGCUAAGCCCGCCGACAAAAAGGGUCCACCACCACCGCCACCGCCACCGGCCCCCAAAAAAUAGAGUAAUAGCCAGUGGUGGGGGAGUGGUGGAGGCGUAGGUUUAGGUAUCUGCUAUCUGGGAAUCACGUCAAAUUUUAAGUCAAGUUGCCCACCCCCCAACGCUACUUCUGUUGGAGAGCUUUAGUAUCCAAGACUCGAACCUGCAUUGUGGCCAAAAAUUGUUUAGUUCUAAUUUACAGUAAAUUCUAGUUAUAGAUUUUUGGACAAAGUUUUACUUAUUAAGCAAACAAAGCAAUAAAACUUCAAAUUUA